CUGUCAACCUCACACUUCAGUCAGCAGUAGUUCUGAGACGGAUAGAGAGUGUAACAGCAAAAAAGAGAAGUUGAGUUUCUACGGAAGAGCAGCUCAAACCAAAUGACACCAUGCCAUCUGUUACACGAGCUCAACUCACUGGACCAGUCGUGCUUAUCUGGAUUUGGGUUAAGACUUGUAUGUCAGAGGACAAUAUGACAUGGGCAACCGAGACAUCCUACGAGAGUGAUUAUAGCACUGGGACAGACCCAGGGGAAUUUGAUUAUGAGCGUUUUGAAAUGCAGUGCCUGAAGGCGUCCAACCGCUAUUUCCGGUCUUGGUUCAUGCCUGCCAUCUACUCUGUUAUUUGUGUUGUGGGACUGGUGGGGAACCUGCUGGUGAUGCUAACCUAUGUCUAUUUUAAACAGCUGAAAACCAUGACUGAUGUAUACCUCCUAAAUCUAGCAGCAGCAGACCUUCUCUUUGUUUUGACAUUGCCUUUCUGGGCAGCUAACUGCCUUGACAAGUGGGUGUUGGGGCUGUUCCUGUGCAAGGCUAUGUACAGCAUAUACAAGAUCAGCUUCUUCAGUGGCAUGCUACUGCUGACCUGCAUUAGCGUGGAUCGUUACUUUGCCAUCACCCGGGCUAUCAAGGCCCACAGCUGCCGCUCACAGGCUGUUUACUUUAGCAAGGUAUCAUCAGUGGCGCUCUGGGCUUUGGCACUACUCUUUUCUGUGCCUGAAAUGACCUACACCCAUGUAAGUGAGAACCAGACCUGCACUCCCUUCACAGGGGACUCCAGCCAUCUGCGGGUGGGCAUUCAGGUGGGCCAGAUGGUGGCUGGGUUUUCCUUACCUGCUGUAGUGAUGGGCUUCUGUUACUGUGCUAUUAUGCAGACCCUGAUGCAGGCUCGCAAUUUUGAAAAGAACAAGGCCAUCAAAGUAAUAUUUGCCGUGGUAGCUGUCUUCCUGCUCUGCCAGGUGCCUUAUAACCUUGCUAUGUUAGUGACCACCCUGAAUAUAGCCUAUGGGGGCAGCAAGGAUUGUAGCUUUGAAAAAGGGCUACAAUAUGCUGUGGACAUCACACAGAGCCUGGCUUUUAUGCGCUGCUGCAUCAACCCUUUCCUGUAUGCUUUCAUUGGUGUCAAGUUUCGUCAUAAUCUGCUCAGACUGUUAAAGGACCUGGGCUGUGUGAGCCAGCCCUGUCUUUCCCAUUAUACAUCUUACUUCAAGAAUAGGGCUUCUGUAACAACAGAUAUGGAGACCACAACCUCCUUCUCCCCCUAGAGCAAGAUUGUAUCCACCACCCCUUUGGAUAAGCCUUACAUCUAAAUCCUGGAUUUUUAUUUCGGAACAAACUCUUCCAUGCUGAUCUUAAUGUCAUACUCACCACUGAAAUGGACAUAUAUCCAAAGCAGAUCUUUCUGUCCCUUCUUUUAGAGUAUUUAUGGAACACCUCGUCUCCUCAACCCACCAUUACGUAGACAGGAUAAGCAUGCUUCGCAGUUCCAGAACAAACUAGUUAAAUAUAUGCAAUAGUCAUCUGGUUCCAAUGUGUGCUAUGCCACGUGAUGAACUGCUUGAUGUGGGCCCAUGUUAGGAAUGGCCAUCUGCUUGUCAAUGUUUAUUAUUUGUGUGAUUCAUGCAUUUGCAUAUUUGUAUUAUUAGCACCACCACUUGUACGUGUGUGUACUACCACUAUUUAUCUGUAUGUUUAGUGCAGCCUCUUAUUUGUGUGAUUCAUUGUAUUAUCAGUCACAGCUAAGCCAUAGUUUGAUAGUAUUAACUAAUGGGAGAGCCUUAAUAGUUUUGACUAAUGGAAAAGUUUUGUUCUAAUAAAAUGAGCCUGAAACUUCA